UUUUUGGUUUUGUUAGCAAUUCCCAUACAAAAGCCUGGGGUUCCUGCGAAAGUGAGAGAAAAUUAGUAGUAACAGAAAUUCUUUGGCUCGUGGUUGGUGCUGGUAAUUACCCGUGGCGUGCGGUUACUCGCGCGUAAAUGUGGGCAUUGUUAUUUGGUGCACGGGUGUAUGUGUAUGUUGGUCACGUGAUUGUUUUUAGAUUAUUAGUGGAAAGCUGCAAAUACAGAAUACAGCUAGCUGGAGCAGUUGGAGGGAUGUGGUUGGAGCGUGUUGAAGAAGUGUAUUGGAAGAACUGGGUUAGACUUUGUACUUGUCACUGUUGAGCCAAAAGGGCCGGAAAUGAGUCAAUUUUUGAUUGUUGCAGAACUGU